CUGUUAGUGUUUUGAAUUGAACAUUUGAACCUUUGAAGUUUUGUGAUUACGAACUCAGUGCAAAAAAAAAAUGUAAAUAAAAAUGUGGUCGUAUCAUAAAUUAAAAUUAAUAUGCUAUUCGGUAUGCAUUCGAUAACGAACCGUAAUUUAAUAAAAAUAGUGGAAAUGUAAAAAAAAAAUUGUUGGGAUUUUGUUUAAAUAAACAAGUAAAAUUUUGUUUUGAGUUUUAUUUUUGUAUUUUUCUAAAUAGUGGUUUAUAAUCGACAAGGAGGGUGGAUAGAACCGGGUUUGGGUACACCACGCUGGACCGUGGCGUGGCCGGCGGGCCCCCGGGAGGAUGCCUCGACGCUGGGGGAGGAAUCCCCCGCCACCCGGGAGCCCUCUCUGUUGUGCCAAACGCCCCCGUACCAAAUAUGCCGCCACAAGGCUUAUCACCAAUGUCUUCUGCUGAUGUACUUCCACAUAAACGGCAAGUUGUUGUUGAUAGAUUACGUAGACGAAUGGAAUCAUAUCGACGUCGACAAACGGAUUGUCAACCACGUUUUGAUCAAACAUUUGGUGGAUUAUGCGAACAAAACAUGCAAGAUACAUUAGCGCUAAAACAACGAUUCCUUGAAACAAAAGCCAAACGUCAAAAUAAAACAAAACAAGAUAAACAAAAUAAAUUAGUGCAACAAGUUGUGCAACAUCAACAACAACAAAAUGACACCACGAAUGCCGCCCUACAAAGUAGCGUCCAUGUUCAACAAAAAUUCUUAAAACGAGGGAAUGAUGAUAUGGAUAAUGUUGGUGGUAAUGAUGGAAUGGAACCUCCCGUCAAAUUACAAUGUACAGCACAACAUAAUCAAGCACAUUCGGGGCAUCAAAACACCGAAGGUUUAACCAAAUUUUCUGUAGAAAUUGUACAGCAAUUGGAAUUUACAACGUCAGCGGCCAACUCCCAGCCACAACAAAUUUCCACAAACGUAACUGUUAAGGCAUUAACAAACACUUCCGUUAAAAGUGAUAUAUCAUCGCCAAAAACAUCAAAUCCUUCAACACCCGCUUCAACGGCUGGCCCCCCUUCAGCAUCAUCAAAUUUAUCACGGCCUAAUAUUGGAUGUGUUGAUAUUGGUACAUUAGUUGAAUGUAAGCAAGAACCUGAUAAUGAUUUUGCUGAUUUGGAUCAAUGUGCUGCAGCCUUGGAGAAAGAUGCCCAAGCCAAUGGUGGCAAUUCCUUCCCUGGUUUCUCCGACUUAAUUGGUGAUGAUACUAGUGAUGAAAUUAUUACUUCCGAUGCAUUUAAAGACUUAAUUAGUGAAAUUAGUGAUUUAAAUCCAGAGUUUAUGAAAGAAUUUGAUUUUGAAGAGAAAUGUGAUGUUAGUGCGUUAAAUAAUUUACCUCCUCCUACCAAUCAAUCCGGUGGUCAGUUACAUCCGAACGAAAUGAAAAUGGAAGAUACAAAAGAUUUGAAUUUACAAGCGAAUAAUGGUUUAUUAGAUGUCGUUAAAAGUUCUCAUAGUCCGUUAUUACAGAAUGCAUAUUCACCGCCUGUUGGUUACGAAAACCAAAAUAUGAAUAAGAAUCGAUUACCGUACUCGAAUAUGGACUUCCCAAAAACAGAAUUAAGUCCCGCAGCGCAAACACUUAAACAAAUGGCUGAACAACAUCAACAUAAAAACCAAAUGGGUUUGGCAUUCAAUACAGGCGGAGCUCCACGAGCUCCAAAUGCACGAUCGCCGUAUUCCGAUUUCUCUCAAUUUAAUGGUAACGAAUUUUUGGGUAGUCCGAACUCAAAUCAAGCAAAUGUUGCGGCAGCAUUACAUAAUAAAAACAAUUUCCCACAAUCUGAUUUAAUUAAACAAGAAUUAAAUAUAUUUAAUAAUCAACCACCGAAAGGUAGUAAUUUACCAACGGGUCCUGGAUUAUAUAAACAACAGUAUUCACCGUAUAACAGUCCGAGUGCCAAUCACGGUAGUCCUGGUUAUAUGCCACGAGGACCUGGAGGAGGUCCACCAGGUGGUGGACCACAAGGUGGUGGGCCGCCUCCACGACCGCCGUCUGGUGCUAAUUCAAAUACACAAAGUAAUUCAACCACCUUACAAAUUAAUCAAGCGCAGCAAUUACAUAUAUCACAACCAGGACAUGGAAUACAGGUAUCCGCGGGCCAACAUAUGCAUUUAAGUGGUGACCUUAAAGGUAAUGUCUCAAUAGCUGCCCAACAAGGAAUGUACUUUAGUCAACAGCAACAACAACAAAAUCAACAACAUAACCAACAGCAUAACCAACAAACAGCACCUCCAUCACAGCAAUCAUCCACGAAUAAUCAUCCGCAUAAUAUCCCAGUCAAUCCAAAUGGACCACAGUCAGGGCAGCAGCAACCUGGUAACAUGCAUUCCAAUAAUAAUCCUCAACAACAGAAUCCACAACAACAGCGUCAACAGAAAAAUCCACCCGGAGGACCAGGACAACAAAGUGGUCCCGGUGGUCUUGGGGGACCUGGUGGACCUGGACCUCAACAAAGUGGUGGCCCUCAACAACAUCAGCAAUCACAUAUUAUUACACAGCAAACACAGCAGAUGCAACAACAAGGCGAUACUUACACGGUGUCACAAUCACAAACUAUUAAUUUUACGCAACAAACGUUACGGCAACGUGCUGCAGCUCAACAAGCAGCGGCAGCUGCUUCAAAUAAAGGAGGAUAUCCACCCAAUGCACGUAAUCAAGGACCUGUACAAAUGCCUGAUAAUAUGAUGCCAACACAGCAACAUAUGAUGAGUGGACAUGGUGGUAUGCAUAACAACAUGAUGGGCGGAUGUCGACCACCACCACCAGAUUACAAAUCCAGUGCUGCUCUAAUGCAAGGUGCUCCCAGUGGUUAUCCACCACAAGCCAAUUCAAAUCCAAACAUAAUGAGGCGACUAACUCAACAAACAAUGCCACCUUCAGGUCCAAUGAUGAGACCACAGAAUAUGCCAUAUAAUAUGAUGGGUGGCCCAGGUGGGCAACAAAUGCGACAUGCAGCAGCGCAAGGUUAUAGCAUGGCUGCAAAUCAAAUGCGAAUGGGUGGAGGAGCAGAUGGAAGUGGUCCAAACGAUUGGAGAAGUAUGGCCAUGAUGUCACAGCAACAGAAUAUUGGAUAUGGAAAUAAUCAAAUGCGUGGUAUGAUGGGAAAUCCAGCAAAUAUGCCACAAAUGCAUUCAAUGCAAGGUGGAGGUAUGGGAGGCAACAUGCAUGGUUUACAAAUGUCACAAGGUUCAAUGCCAGGACCAAAUCAUAUGAUGGGCUAUCAUGGCCAAGGUAUGGGUGGUGGCGGUAUGCAAAUGAAUCCAGGAAUGAUGAAUCCACAAAUGAUGUCACAUCAACAGAAUAUGGCACGGUCAGCGUCAAAUCAACAGAUAUCAAUUACAAAUAUAAAUAUGUCACAACAGCAAUCAUUUACGAUGAGUAACACAAAUAUUCAUCAACAGCAACCACAGCAACAAUCAAACAAUUCACAACAAAUGGCUACCACAAAUCAAUCAUCCAACAAUUCAUCAUCCUCAUCAGUAGUAAAUGCAACAAACAAUCAAAAUAAUAAUUUAUCAAAUUUUCCUCAGUCAGCUCCAGAUUUUAUUGAUUUCUUAGACAAUUUACCAGCGGGUGAUACAAACAAUUUCUCUGCACAAGAUUUAUUAAAUUCAUUAGAUAGUGAUCCUGGUUUUAAUUUACAAGACAUUUUAUAAAUUAAAGACGUUUUAUAUUAUUUUGAUAGGCAAAUUUUAAAGACAAAAGGGAUUGAAGUAUUCGAUCAACCAACUCGUUAGGAAUAAUAACACUGGUCGGCAGAAUAAAGAAAGUGAGACUCAUAAGAAAAAAAAAAUUACGAAAUUUCAAUUUAAAUGUGUUUACUUUUAGUCCCUACCACAAUAUUAGUCAAAUAAUUUUUUCCAACCCAAUCAGAUAAGAUAACUGUACUGUUAAACAUAUUUCCAUUCAAUCAAUAAGACUCGAAUUUCCUUUCAAUCUUCAACAUUUAUUUUGUAGCCCUCAAAGUUGUCCUCAUUUGACGAGUUUUAUUCUAAUCUUCAGAACACAUCAUGUUUGUAAUAUUUGAAUAAAAUUGAUCAAUUUUUCAUACCCGAAAUAUACUAACAAAUGCAUUUCCACAAGAUAUAAUCCUAUCUCUUUUCCGGCCAGUGUAUUUAUUUCAUAAUUUGAUUCGACGAUAUUCGUGAGACACUGAAAACACUGCCUUGAACACAGAAUUUUUGAAAAUAUUGUUUUUUUCAAAACAUCAAUUUGUUGAAAAUAAUUGGAUUAAUUUCAUUUUCAUCCAUACAAAUUUUUGCUAAAUAUGUUGUUCAUAUUUUUUUGUUAUAUUUUUUAUUUUGAACAUAGAUAUAUAAUUUAUUCCUGUUGGACAAGAAUUUCUCGGAAGAGUAUUUUCUCCUUCCCCCCUCCGUGCGUACGUAUAUAUUGUAUAUUUUGUAUAUUUUGUUAUUGAAAAAAAAAAGAUUUUAGUUAAUUUUUUAAUUAAAUAAAAUAUUCCCGACUUUCCUCAUAAAUAUUCUGAAAAUGUUUGACUUUAUUCUUAGCAUUAAUCUUAGUCAAAAUUUAGCAAUAAAAGUAAUUAUAUUUAUUUCAACGUAUAGUAGUUAUAUUUAUUUCAACAUAUCUUAUCGUAUACCGAAAAAAAUGCGGAAGAUCCUCAUUAUACAAUGCGCCACUCAAAUCUCGGAGCGGGUCCAUAACGUUUCAGAAA